AUGGAUCUUGGUUACGAGUUACCGGAUUACGGUUGCCUUCGAGAAGAUGAAAUACCAAGAGUUGGAAUGCAGUUUGCACAAUUGCAAUUGGCUCAUGAAUUCUAUGUUAGCUACACAAAGAAAAUAGGAUUUGCAAUUAAGAUAAGGACGGCAACAUGUGACAAGAUCACAAAGGAAGCCAUUAACCAAGCUAUCCACUAUAAUCAAGACGGGUUCCGCGGGUCUCAUGUCAAAGCACCAACACGGAAGAACACGAUUUUAGCCGUCGGGUGCAAGGUAAGGAUAUAUGUGAAGUUUGAUAGAGAAAAGCAAGAGUGGAUUUUCUUCAAGGUUGAGUUGAGGCACUCGCACCCAUGUUCAGCAAAAAAGGCUAUGCACUACCAUGAGUAUAGGGAGUUGACCAUGCAUGCAAAGUGCAUGAUUGAGGAUAAUGAUGAGGUUGGAAUUUGA